CGAUACGGCCAGUACUUUGAUCGAGGAAAAUGGCGUUGUCAUCAGUGUGUGAAGAAAUGUUUGGGAGCAAUUCUUCCCGGUUUUGCUCCAACUCGAGAGUUGAUUUUGAUGUGAACUUCAUUGCCGAUGACCCCCUUUCUAAUUCUAAAUUCACUGUUCCUGCAGUUUCCGAGCCUGCAGGUUUUCUAGCAAGCAUUGCUGACAGUGAGACAGGACCAAAAAUCAGGUUUCUCCAUGGAACAACUACACUUGGUUUUAAAUUUCAGCAUGGUGUCAUUAUUGCUGUGGAUUCAAGGGCUACUGCAGGACCAUACAUUGCUUCUCAGUCUGUGAAGAAGGUGAUUGAGAUAAACCCUUAUCUACUGGGUACGAUGGCUGGUGGUGCUGCAGACUGUGCCUUCUGGGAGAGGGUAUUGGCUGAACAAUGCAGGAUAUAUGAACUGCGCAACAAGGAGAGGAUAUCUGUGGCAGCUGCUUCUAAGCUCUUGGCAAAUAUGCUUUACAAUUACAAAGGCAUGGGCCUAUCAGUGGGAACUAUGAUCUGUGGCUGGGAUAAACGAGGCCCUGGUUUGUACUACGUUGACAGUGAUGGAAACCGUCUCACCAACAAGCUAUUCUCUGUAGGUUCAGGUUCCCCCUAUGCUUAUGGCGUCCUUGAUGAAGGCUAUAAAUGGGAGUUGAGUGUUGAAGAGGCACGUGACCUAGGUCAGAGAGCUAUCUACCAUGCCACACAUAGGGAUGCCUACUCUGGUGGUGUUGUCAAUUUAUACCACAUGCAGGAGACUGGCUGGGUGAAGGUAUCUUCAACAGAUGUCAAGGAUCUGCAUUACAGAUACCUGGAUGAGAAAGAGAAGAAAUGAAGUCAUCAUCAUCAUGUAGAUUUCCAUUAGGUAUCCGUCAUUUUUGUAGUGUGUAAUGCAUAGUUAAAAUAAAAGGGGGUGAGGGUAAUAGGGAAUUUCUGUCCAAGUCCAGUUGAGUCCAUGGGGAUCCAUUUUCCGAUAUGCGAUGAUUCGUGCAUACUCUUCAAAUGUAAAAUUCUUUUAAACACUCUAAAUUCCUGAGAAGGCUCAAGUUCUGAGAAGAUAAAUCGAUGCUUGUUCCCAAAAAGAUGAUUUGGCAUUUCUCAGACAAAUAAUAAUGAUAGGCAUUUGUAUAGCGCCAUUUAUCUAGAAACAAUCUAUUCGGAGGCGCAUUCUCAUUAUUAUUAUUAUUGAAUUACAUUGAAAAAAAAGUUGUUAGUUUUAGAUAGACUACUAGUUAAUUAACAUUGAGAGUUGAUUCUCAUUCAGGAACUGUACAGAAGUCAAAUAGAUUUGAUGCCCCGUCAAAAUAAAUCCCAAAUACCCCCCCCCUCGAAAAAAAUAAAAGAAAUAGGCUUCUAUGAAAAAGUUUAGGUCUGUACUAUACAUAUACAGUAAUUCACGGUGAAUAGUGUGAUUUUGCAUAAUUUUGCAUAAAU